CUGUAUAUUUUUUUUCUUUUUUUCUUUUUAUUAUUGUCAUAAUAAUAAUAAUUAUUAUUUUAUUUUAUCAACCAACGUGAACAGACUGUUGUUGCUGUUUAUAAGCAGAACCCAUCCGUCCUCGCGUGGACAAUUUGCAGCUGUCCAGAAUAAACAGAGGAGGUGCACUGCGUGAAAACUCACAUGAGUCAAAGUGACUCAUCCUGUCUCAGGAGGUUCAGAAAACAAGCUGGAGAUGCUGCUGAUCCUGGUGUUGCUGCUCUGCUGUGUCUCUGCUGCAAUGACCUGCCUGCAGUGUGACAACACCAUCAGAGUCCUGCAUGAGGAUUUCAUCCUGUCUGCUCCAACUGUGAAAGACCAAAUUGAAUUGAAAAUGAUUCGUGACCAUGCCUAUGUGACCUACAAGAAGACCAGCCAGGAGCGAAAAGGGGUCGUUGAUCCCACUACUCUGUACAGAGCCAAAACUGAGUAUCAAAGUGAAUUUGAUCGCUUCUUGAAAAUAAAACCCACUGGUUCUGUAACAUAUGAAGCCAUUCAGAUCAUGGAGAAAGGCAGGAAGAUCUUAGAGAAACACUUGGACGCUUUCAUCCAUGAUGGACUAUGCCCCAACAAGUGUGGGUUUCUCAAAAGAAGAGUAAUGGAUUGCUUUUCAUGCCGGUACAAAAUGUACAUCUGUCCCUCUCCAUCUGGCCAGCAGGAUUGUGGUGAGUACCCAAUGCAAGCUGAGGAGGGAGGCCAGGCAGUGUUGAACUGUUUUCUUCCAUGGCAUCGUCUUCUGUUGGGACAACCAGAAUAUUACUUCACCUGGGCCCCGGGAGUGCCAGGAACAAAAAAGCUUGAUGAAAGUGACUUCACUGCCUUGGUGGUGACACAUGACUCAUCUGUGGUCUUGAAUCAGCUACAUGUGGACGAACAGGGAACCUACCGCUGCUCUCUGAUAGAUCAAAACGGAACCAUCUACUAUGAAGUCACUUUCCUACUCACAGUUACCCCUUUGCCUCACCAGACCCACCGAUCCUUAGUCACGCUGCCCUCGCUGCCUCAUGGAGACAACUACUCACCUUUUCAACCUACAGAGGACCUGUUGGUGCCAGUCAUUGCCAUGGUUACUGCUUUGAGUCUGGCAGUGAGCGUGGGCCUCACAUUUUUCCUGGGAAUGAUGAUGAAUCGACAAAGAGCAGUAAAAGAACUGAGGAGGAAUAGAAAACACACAGAAGACACAGUGUAACGAAUGAAGCCAUGUACCGGUAUUUCACCCUUGGCAGAAAAAUGUUUUCUCACUUCACCUUGUACAUUUUACUUUGUGGUCAAAUGAACUUCCCAUCAUGAGGUGUUAGGUCAUUAUCGUGAAAUGACAUGGAAGCGAAAAUACAUUACAGGUAAAUAAAACUCAGCGAGACAAAGCAAAACACAAAGGAGUUAUUUAUGUGUAUAUUUAACAGUGUAAAGAAAAAAAAUGCCUCUGGGAUUUACAGCAUGGAUCACAACAAAAUUUCCCCAGAAACCCCUCAGCUUGCUGUACUCACCAGAACACAUCAGUGUUCUGACCCCAGCAGGGACAUGUUGAAUGAAGAGAUGCUGUUGUCACAUGGGCAUUUAAAAGAGGAAGCAGGGAUAAGGUAAAUCUCAUGGAUUACAGUGUUUUUCUGAGAUUAAUAACCCCAGCCAUCCAAUUAAUCCCAGAUAAUCCCCAUGUUGGGAGGGAGGAGGCAAAAGCAAGCAGCAGAUGUUUUCAUCGGAGGUUCUAUUGAUGUUUAUUUACUCAUAUAAUCAUUUAGAGAGAGAGCACAAGAUUCCUGCUGUAAAGAUGAUCGGUAACAUGUCACCCUGAAGUCACAGAAUUCUUAUAAACAGUUUGAUGACACAAUGUGGUUCAAACAAUUGUCACCUCUAUCCAAACUUAGUCAUAAUAAGUCUUCAUCAGUGGUUUGUCAUGCGUUGCAUACUGUUUACUUCUGUCUUAAUUUGUGUCAUGUCUGAUCUCAGACCCUUCUCUUAUGUCGAGUUCCAGAUAAAUGGCUGUGUAAAAAUGUAAUCACCAACCAAUUUAAGCCCAUUUUAGUAUUA